UCCUCCAAUGAUAAUUAUAUAUCCACCAAUAAAUAUUAUAUUUCCAACAAUAAAUAUUAUAUUUCCAACAAUAAAUAUUACAUUUCCACCAAUAAAUAUUACAUUUCCUCCCAUAAAAAUUACAUUUUCACCAAUAAAUAUUAUAUUUCGACCAAUGAAAAUUAUAUUUCCACCAAUGAAUAUUAUGUUUCCAUCAAUAAAUAUUAUAUUUCGACCAAUGAAGAUUAUAUUUCCACUAAUGAAGAUCAUAUUUCCACCAAUAAAUAUUAUAUUUCCAACAACAAAUAUUAUAUUUCCAACAACAAAUAUUACAUUUCCGCCAAUGAAUAUUACAUUUCCUCCAGUAAAUAUUACAUUUCCACCAAAAAAUAUUACAUUUCCUCCCAUAAAAAUUACAUUUCCACCAAAAAAUAUUACAUUUCCACCAAUAAAUAUUAUAUUUUCACCAAAAAAUGA